AAGAGAAGAAGAAGAAGCAGAAGAAGACGCAGCCUCUGAAAGUGGAUGGUCAGUCCGUCUGCCUGGGGGCUGGGUCUGCCUUUUAUCCGACAAGAGGAAAAAACAUUUACGCUGUGUCAAGCAUGUUGAGACAAAGACACUGAUUAAGAAACUUCCUAAACCCACCAUGGCCAUAAGGGAGCUCAAAGUUUGCCUUUUAGGGGACACCGGAGUUGGUAAAUCCAGCAUUGUUUGCCGAUUUGUUCAGGAUCAUUUUGACCAUAACAUCAGUCCGACCAUAGGAGCGUCGUUCCUGACAAAGACGGUACCGAGUGGAAAUGAACUGCACAAGUUUCUGAUCUGGGACACCGCUGGACAGGAGCGGUUUCACUCGUUAGCUCCGAUGUACUACAGAGGAUCAGCCGCAGCUGUAAUUGUCUACGACAUAACUAAACUGGACUCUUUCCAGACACUGAAGAAGUGGGUGAAGGAGUUGAAGGAACACGGUCCAGAGGACAUAGUUGUAGCCAUUGCAGGGAACAAGAACGAUUUAGGAGACAUCAGGGAAGUUCCUAUGAAGGAAGCGAAGGAGUUUGCCGAGUCAAUCGCAGCUAUUUUCAUCGAGACCAGUGCCAGAAAUGCUGUAAACGUGGAGGAACUUUUUCAGAAAAUCAGUAAACAGAUUCCACCCCUGGAAAACCCUGAAGUGGAGAGCAACGAGUCCUUUAAACUCACCCGACAGCCCGCCCCCUCGGCCAGGAGGUGCUGCUAGUACCCGGGGGGGGGCGACGAGACCUCCUCCUGCCGGCGCGGCACAUGGCCCUCAGUGCACUCUAACCCCCCCGGAGACCCGUCACCGUGGACACACCGAGGUCAGAAACCCAAAAGCCGGCCCACGGCGCCAUGCUCGAGGGUCGGUGAAUCGAUUAACUCAACACGCAGCUCCUCUCCUGAUGGUCAGGAUGCAGAAAGCUUUGGGUUUGUUUUCCCCCCCUCCAGCGGCGGCUCGACGCAAUUACACAAAUACUUCAACCUGCACGGCCCUACUCACAAAUUAACUACAGAUCCCGGUGGUUUAUUCGGUCACCGUUUGCUUCGUAGAGUCAGCUGCUGCGCAGAUUUCCAUUGCGCUUUGGCUCUCACGGCACAUUCUGAUCAGUCUAAUAGCAGUAUCCACCAGCUCUACAGCCCUCUACUCGGGGAAACUUUGCAAAAGCAGGAGAGCUUUUUAAGACCAGCCCUUGAAAAUUCAGCUGCUCAGCGGCGGCUCCACAUUCCUCUUUCAGAAGGGUUUAACUCUCUCUGCAGCAUGAACGGCUCACAUUCAGAAUUAUGGUAUGACACGCUCAGCGAAAACACUGUGACCAAGACUACAAUCGUUUACAUAGUGAUUUGUUAAAGAUGUCCACUGCAUGCUGAUUGUUUGAGAUUUGACUGCAGGGAAAGGGCUGUAAAAAAAAAAAAAAGGAAAAAAAAAAGAACCAGCGCUGCAUGUAUUUUAACAGGAAAAAAAGGUUACACUUCUAAUCCUGGCAAGACAAAAGAACUACGUGUUUAUUUAUCCUAAACAUGUCAAGUUCCAAGAAAAGGCUGCAUGGUGUACACUAACUGAACUCUAAAUGAAGCGUGGGAAGAAGGCGCUGGCAGAAAAGUGUGGGAGUAACGUGCUGAUGAGGUGAUGGUGUUGCCUUGUCCUUUGGUUUGUUUACACUAGUGCUUUUUCAAUUGACCACUUUAGACAUUUCUAGCACUUUUG